UGCUGCUAUCCUGGUGAAAUAAUGCAUACCGGUAGUCUCCAAGCUGAUAGACGCACUCUGCCCUUGCUAUUUCAUAGUCCACCAAGAACUCAUGUCAGGCAUACAAAUUCUCAAAACCACAGGUGACGGAAUGGUCCACGGUCCCCAGCACACUCACAAGCCGCCUAACCGUGUCAAGGAUAUGAAUCAAAGAUUUCGGUCCCAAGCGGAAAGGCCAUUCAUCAUCUCAAGUCUUCCCAGCCUUCGUGUAAAGGUAACAGAGAAAGGGUUCUUUCUAGGGUCGUGCGAGAGAAUGGUCUUACAUUCUCGGUGUACCAGGCGGAAGUAGCAGGAAACCCAAGCCUCUAUUGUAGUCUUGGUGUCGUCUGCAGGUCCUGAUUCUGGUACUGUACUCUUCCUUUUGAUGGAACUUGUAUGGAACCACCAGCCAUCUCCCCCCUUUGGUUGAGAUUUGGUGACAAACGCUCCGCUAAAAUGCCACCUAACCACCGUUCAACCCAUAAUCCUGCUUCGACGGUCCCACCACAGCCUCAGUACUCCUACUUCAAGGCGCUCACACGCUGCAGACCACGGGCCAAUUCCGUGUAUAAACAGAGAGGAAUAAUCCCAGGAAUACCAGAUUGUCACUCCGAGCGGGACAGCAUCUAGCCCAAGUGGAGACGCUGGUCUCUUUGGGUGAGAAACGUC